CAGUCGUAGUAACCAUUUGUCCGCUCUACGCAUGCGUGAACGUCUGCCCCAGUACCUAAUGCAGAGCUAAUAUUUGUUCCUGUGUAAAUGGACGGCGGAUCCUUGUAGAAUAGAAUAAAACAGCUUGAAUCUCAAAACAUUUAAUGCAAGAUAUGGGAUCGAGAUAAAAUACGGUGUCACUGCCGUGAUCACGUGAUGAGCUUUGACCAAUUCCAGGCGAGUCAACGUCAUGUUUCAGUUUAAAUUGAGCUUAAUGGCAAAGAGAAAACGGCCGUGAAAAUAAGUAUGGGGUCAAAAAGCAAGAAGAGAGUAAUCCUGCCGAACCGACCGGACCCACCAUCAGUGGAGCAGAUCGUGGAUGACGUCAACCGAGUGUCCGCCAGUGACCCCGCGUUCGGCAUUCUGCAGGACGGGCUCCCAGAUGCCAAGGCUGGAUCGACAGACGGUCUGGUAGACAGCCGAUACCAUCAGAGCCGACGGUACCUGGAGCUGAAUGAGCGACUCCAGCAGGCUAGGAGCGACCUCGCCUCGAAGAGGGAGGAGCUGAAGGCCGCUGGGGAGCAGCUGGAGCUCUGUGUAGCCGAGAUCAAGGGCCAAGCGCUAUGAUGUUGCCUGCCCUCAUCAUCCAUUUGGGACAGUUCGGUUUUUGGGACUUUGUCAUAGUAGUCAAAGCCACAAUGUUUUCUAAAACAUUGCAAAAUAUUUUUUUCCGAAGAACCAUUGUAAUGGUAAUGCACAUGUGUAAUAUUUAGAGAGUCUGUAUUUCAUAAACCCUUUUCUUGGUCAAGAUUAUCGGUAUUGCAACAGUUUUGUAGUAUAUCAGUUUUCAGCUUAAUUAAAGCGAUUGAAAAACCAAGCUGUUUUCCCCACCUGGUAAAAAGGCAAAUGUUUGUUAUUAA